AUGAAGGAACGGGAUGAACACCAUGAUUUGAUCCUUGUCAGCAAAGGUUACCUGGAGAAUUUCUCCUACAAGCUGGCCCAAAGCCUGGCUUGCCGGAAGAUAUUGCGCUGCAGCGCCAAAGCUCCAGGCAACGAGCACUACGACGCCGUGACGGUGGUGGGGGCCCUGGGCGAGGGGCAGGUGCCGAGCGCGGCCGUGCCGGAGCUGCUCCGCGUCACCAAACCGGGAGGCUUCCUCUGCCUGACGACGAGGAGCAACCCCUCGAACCUGCGGUACAAGGCGGAGCUGGAGGCAACGCUGGAGAGGCUGGAGAGGCAGGGAGCCUGGCAGAAGGUGCUGGCCCAGGAGGUGGAGCACUGGGAGAGGGCCACCUCCGAGGAGGAGAGCACCCAGGGCACCGGCUACAUCUCCGGGGUGGUCUACAUCUAUCGGAAAUGCCCCGUGCCCCCCCUCGAGGAGGGCUGA